AUGGAAAAGUUUGAUAUAAACAAGUAAUAUCCUAGACAUAAAAAUGCAUACGCAAAAGGAGGAUUUCACAUGAGUUAUGUAAAAGACACAAAAGCAAGAGAUAUAGUCAAUAGUGUUAUAAAAUAAAUGGGUUAAAAGUUAUUGAAAGGAGAGCUAAAAGACUUAAUGGGAAUUUCAAAGCCAGUAGCUUUAUCAAAACAUUUAACAUAUAUGGAAAUUCUAUCAAAUGAUUUCUAUUUCUAGAAACAUUUAUAAAUUGCCGCAUAAAAUUCAGACAAUCCGCUUUUGUAAAUGCAAUAAGUAGUUACACACAUAAUUGCAAGUUAACAUGUUGCAUCUACAAUGUUAUAUACAAAAGCUCCUUUAGAUAAUGUAACAGGAGAAACAUGCCAUCUAUCUAAGCCAAAUGGCUCUAAUUACUAUGCAGAAUGCAUAUCUAGUUCUCCCCCAGUAGCUGUUUAUUAAAUAAUAGGCCCAAAUAAUGAAUAUAAAAUAUAUGGUUCACAUUAGACAAAAGUAACUUUAUCUAAAUCUCUUAAUACUUUAUACGGAGAAACAUAAGGUAAGAAAAUAAUUGACUUUGGGAAUGGAAAUUAAUAUGAAUGUGAAUAUCCCAAAAUUGUAAUAGAAGGAAUAUUAAUGGGUGAGAGAGUUUUAUAUUUAUAUGAUACAUUCAAAGUAAUAAAUAAGAAAACAAAAUUAUAUGCAGAAAUAUAAUUUGGAUAUGAAAUCUAAGGAGGAGUAUAAAUGAUUUAAAAUGGAAUAGGUAGAAUAGGAAAUUUAUUUAUGGGAAAAAAGUAGGACUGCAGGUAAAAAAAAAGACCAGAUGAUUUCGAUGUGUAAAUAUAUAAAUAAUAAUAAAUGGGUGAAUAUUAAGAGGUAAUGAAAGCAACUAUUUCUGAAGGUUAUGGAAAUUGGCUUGAAUAUAUUUAAUUUGACAAUUAAAUAUUAUGGAAAAUAGAUGAAUAGGAAGAUUAAUGGUAAUAUAAUGGAUUCGAAUUAUUUUCUGAUGCUUAAAUAAGAAAAGACAGAAAUUUAAUCGAAUAAGGAUAAUAUGAAUUAGCAGAAAAAUCGUUAGGACAAAGAAUAAUAAAUAAUCAAGAAGAAAAUUAUUUGUACGCCCGCGAACUCCGUUUAUAAAAUAAAUUUGAUGAAGCCUUAUAAAUAUACCAAGACCUAAUUGACAAGCAAGACGGUGAACAAUACGAUUUAGUUCGUGAAAAAGCCCAUACACUUUCCGAAUAAGGAAGCUAUGCUAAAGCAAUUCCUGUAUACGAGCUUUGUAUAUCAUUAUAUCCGCCUUCAUAAGAUUUAAAAGCUUAUGAAAAAAUGGAUCUUUCUAACACUUAUAUAGGUUUAGCCCGUGCAUAUUCAGAAAAAAAGAACUAUGAUGAAGCCCAUAAUUUGUUAGAUAAAGCAAAACGGGAAUGUAUAGAAAAUUUAGGUCGUAUAAAAAUCGAAAGGGCAUUAAUUUAUAUAAAAUAAAAUAAAAGAAAUGAAGCAAAAGAACUUCUAUUGGAUGUUUCUUAAACUUCCACAAACCAGAAAAUAAAGCAAGAAGCUCUAUUUAGACUUGGCUUCAUUUCCACUAACGCAAAAUAGGCUCUAGACUAUUAUUUAAAAGCAGAUUAAUAAGACGACGCAAUCUUAUUUAAUAUAGGAAACUGUUAUUUAAAAUUAGGAAAAUACGAUGGAGCAAAAGAAUACUAUAAGCGUGCUUUAGAAUUAAACAGAGACCCUAAUUAUUUAUUUAACUACGCGAAAAUGUUCGAACUAAACGGCCAAUACGAAGACGCAAAAGAAGAGUAUGAAAGAGCCUUAAGUUUAUUGAAAAAUAAUACUAAUGCAGUCUAAAGUUAUUUAAAGAUUAAAUUCUCAAUAGGAAACUGUGAAUUACAUUCAGGUAAUUUCGACAAAUCCAUUUAGUUUUAUGAAUAAGUUUUAAAAAGCGAAAAUAAGGAUGUUUUUGAGGAACUUGCUAUAGUCUAUUUUAACAAAGGAAUGGCCCUUUAUUAAAAAGGCGAAAUGGAAAAGGCGGUAACCGAAUAUUUACAAGCUUUAGAAUAAGACCCUUCUCUAAAAGCCGCACAUUUCUAACUAGGCUGUAUUUUAGUCGAUAAGAAAAAAUACUAAGAAGCUAUAGAAAAAUUUUACACUAGUCUAAGUACUGAAAAUGAAGAUGAUGUAUACAAUGCUAAAGUACAUAAUGAUUUAGGUUAUUGUUUCACGUAAUUAGGAGAUUUCUAAAAUGCAGUUAAUCAUUUCUAGAUUGCAUAAUCUAAAUAAGGAAUUCUUAAAGUUCUCGAAAGCGAACAAGAAAACGAUGUAGAUUCUUUAACAAAACUUCUCAAUAUGAUGGACUUAACCCGUGAAAAUAAAUAAGACGAUGAGAAGAGAUAACUUGAAAUGGAAAUUAUAUAAUCCAAAAUGUAAAAAUAUGAAGAAAUAAUCCUAAAUAUGCAAAACUAUAACCUAUAAAUGUAAUAAAGAGCCAAAUAAACAGACGAAAGAUUAGCUAAAUCAGAAUUUUAUCAAUAAAGACAAAGAGAAGAAAUGGACGAAAUAGCCAUAAUAAUGCGUGAUGAAAACCUAAAAGAAUACUAUAAUGCAAUAAUUGAAUAUAAAUACCACUACAGCAGCUUCAGUAGCUUCGUCUUUAUUAUCUUUUGUCCCUUUUGCUGGAAAAAUAUUAUCCCAAGCGACAAAAUCAUUGGAUUCUUUAAGAACUUAAAAAAUUAAUGA